UUAAAUUAAGCUAGAGGAUUUUGGAAUUGAAACCACAACCUCGUGUAUGCGUAUUCGAUCGUCGGUGUAUGCAAAUAGUUAAUUUGUAGAAUUACAUUUAUUUAAUGUGUAUCUGUAAAAUUUUAAUAUUAUUUAUAAAUUUCUUUAUUAACUGUGAUGGCUAAUAGUAAAAUUGCAGUUAGUGAUACACCGCAAAUACAAAUUAGAUUUGUAACAAAACAGCAACAAUAUGCUGUACCAGAUUAUCCUUUAUCAGUGCCUACAUCCAUAAUUAUUUCAGAAUUGAAUGUUCUUGUAAAUGAACUUUUAAAAGAGUCUGAUACCAGCAAUGAAGAAAUUGAAUUUGAUUUUCUUAUAUGUUCAGAAUUUCUUCGUACCUCUUUAAUAGAACAUAUUAUCGAAAGAGCUAUUUCAAUAGAAGAAGUAAUCAAUGUUGAAUAUAUUGUAAAACAUCCUCCACCAGAACCACAAGAUUGUCUUAUACAUGAUGAUUGGGUAUCUGCAGUCUCUAUGUGUGAAAAAUGGAUAUUGACUGGCUGUUAUGAUAAUACUCUUCAUUUAUGGACAGCAAAAGGUAAACAUCAUUUAACAAUUCCUGGACAUUCAUCACCUAUUAAAGCUGUAGCAUGGAUAUCUUUAGAUGGUGACAUUGGAGUUUUUGUUAGUGCAUCUCAAGAUCAAACUGCAAUAUUAUGGAAGUGGAAUGUUGAAAGUAAUUCUGUAGAAACUGUUCACAUAUGUAAAGGACAUGAACGUGGACUUGAAGCAGUUGGAGUCAAUUCUUUAAGUAAUUUAAUGGCCACUGGUUCUUGGGAUACAAUGCUAAAAAUUUGGUCAACUUCUUUGCAAGAUGAUAGUGAAAAUGGUGAAUCUGCUUCUAAAAGAAAAAAGACUGACUGUAGUAAAACACGAGUACCAUUACGAACUAUGAAAGGUCAUAAAGAAGCCAUUAGUGGUGUAGUGUGGUCUGAUAAAACGGAAAUUAUUACAUCAUCAUGGGAUCAUACCUUAAAAAUUUGGGAUACAGAAUUAGGAGGUGUUAAACAUGAAUUUACAGGAAAUAAGAGCUUUUUUGAUCUAGAUUAUUCACCACUAAGUAAAGUACUCAUUACAGCAUCGGCAGAUAAGCAUAUUCGACUAUAUGAUCCACGAUCUACAGAGGGUGCUGUAGUUAAGUCAAUGUUUACUUCACAUACACAAUGGGUUCAAUCAAUUCGGUGGUCAACAACUGAAGAACAUCUAUUUAUGUCUGGUGCAUAUGAUAAUAAUGUAAAACUUUGGGAUGCUCGAAGUCCUAGAGCUCCAUUAUUUGAUUUAAGUGGUCAUGAGGAUAAAGUACUAUGUUGUAAUUGGUCGAAUCCUAAAUUUUUGGUGUCUGGUGGAACUGAUAAUACAGUAAGAGUAUUCAAAUCAAGAUAUGCUGUUGUAUAAAUGUAUAAAUAAAUCUUUUAUAAUAUUUAUAUCUUAAAUAUUAU